AUGUCUGCAACUCUGAGAGUCAUAUUUGGAGUAGACGACGCAUCAAAAUUAAUUCUGCCCAAUGGAAUACCCAAUUCCAUAGAGGACCUUAAAGGAGAGAUUGAAAGACACUUCGGCCUGUCUGGAAAUUUCAGGCUGCAGUAUAGAGACAUUGAUUUCGACAAUGAGUUUGUGAACUUAACAGAAACUUCAGAAAUCAAAGACAAGAGCACAGUUAAAGUUAUUAACUUGCCAGAUGAGACAAUCACACCCACACUCACUACUGUUCCGCAAGGGGAAGAUGAUUUUUUGCUGUCCUCAGUAUCAGACACAGACAUACUUUCCUCCGCUGAAUAUACAUCUUCAGGUACUUCCCUUAGAUCACAGCCAUGGCCCACAAACUUUGAAAUACGUCAGUUCAGUUAUGAGGUACAGAUUCAGUUAGAAAAGGCAAAACAAUCCUUCUGCAGCAGUGGAACUCUUCUUACAACAAGUAACAAACUGAGGUCCGAUAUACUAGAUGGUCUGGCAUCAGAAAUCAUCAAAUACAAAGUUUAUCCUUCUAGUACAGAGCUUGAUAAUGUGGCUCAGGCUCUGAUAACAAAGUAUCCCCUUUUAAAGGAGAAAGGAUCUGUCACUGGCUUUUAUGGCUGGAAAAUUAAAUCAAAGUACAAAAUGGCAAACUACCGCACCAGUCUAAGGAGCAUUGGCUGCCCUGAGUUGAGCAUCAACGCUGUAAAAGAAAAGCAAGGUGCCAUGAGUCAUGGACCUAACCAGGUUAAGAAGCCACGUAAAGCAGAAGUCAAUUAUUGUCCUGAUUACCCUGCAGGCGAAACUAAAGAGAGCCUCGAGGAAGAAAGGAAAGCACUUAUAUUGGAGGUGAAAAAGAAGAACAACCAACAGCUAAUCAAAAGUAAAAUGGAAAGAACCUUUGCCUAUAGAAGACAGGAAGUCGUUAAAGAUAUGCCCUUCAUAGCAGAGUUCAAAAACAGAUGGCCAGCCCUGUUUUCUGAGAGCCAGGUAAAUGCAGAAUUCACCCUCAUCACCACAGUCCCCCUGUUCUCAACCUUUAUGUCCCGACUGGAUCAUUACUAUAGCCAGCUAUUGAGGGUAUUCAAAAAGAAGGGGGGAACAGCAAGACGUGAUAUCGACGUAAUCAUUGCAGAAAUGGACAAGAAUCCCAGUGUUGAAGUACGACGAACAUGCAUCCUAAAGGUGUUGUGCGUCUACUUAAAUGAAAAGCCUGACAGCCUUAUUAAGGAGUACUGGGCUACUGAGGAUAUUGGUAUUGAUGCAAUGACGGAAAUGGAGAGACUGGCUUUGGGUGUCUACAUUGUUCGACAUGAUGGAGCAGAUGCUUCAGAUCCACCUGAGGAUGUUGGUGUCGUCAUUGAAGGCUGCACAGUGCUGCGAGAUCUGAGAGAGGUUGCAAAUGGGUGUGCAGUCCUGUUUGGCUUGAUCUACUGUUUAAACUUGCUAUCCCAAGGAGCUGCGAUACACUUUCGAAUUUCUUCAGAAAGUGUUUAUGGAAUUGGAUGGGAACAAGCUCUCCACUAA